UCUCGCAACAACUGCUCUCCAAGCUUGCCAAACAUCGCCAAUCUGCUCUAAACGUCAACAACACCGACAUCGACUUAUUCUCCGAGCCACGUAUCCGGCCAACAUACCAACUGACUUAAUAACAUCCUAAUCCUAUCGAGCGACGAAUUAAUCUGCGACAAAUCAUCAUCCAGGCGAUAACCUACCGAAUAUUUAUGGCGAUUGAACGGAACUAUUAAUCAGUCGAUCCCCCGCAUAUACACACACGAGUCACCGACGUCAGACACCGAGCGACGAGAAUAACUCAGCCAUCAUGUCGUGGGCCGGCUUCAAGAAAAAUGUCAACCGGGCAACGACCCAGGUGAUGAUGAAGACGGGUCAUGUCGAGAAGACCAACGAUCGCGACUAUGAGGUUGAGGAGAGACGAUUCAAGACUAUGGAGGCGGCAUCCCUACGACUACAAAAAGAGGCCAAGGGUUAUCUUGAUUCACUACGAGCAAUGACGGCCUCACAGAUGCGCAUCGCCGAAACUAUUGACGCUUUCUACGGUGAAGCUGGUGCUAAAGACGGAGUCAGCAAGAGUUACAAGCAAGCAGUGGAAGACUUGGACGCCGAAACGAUCAAGGCCUUGGACGGACCAUAUCGAACAACAGUCCUAGAUCCCAUUACCCGAUUUUGUGCCUAUUUCCCCGACGUUAACGAAUGCAUCAAGAAGCGCGGCCACAAACUCCUCGACUACGACGCCCUCCGCGCCAAAGUCAAGAAACUGGUCGAGAAGCCCGACAAGGAUGUGACGAAGCUCCCACGCGCCGAGAAGGAAAUGGAGAUGGCCAAAGCAGCCUACGAGCAGCUCAAUGAGCAGUUGUGUACCGAGCUACCGCAGCUUAUCGACCUCCGCGUCCCUUACCUCGACCCAUCGUUCGAGGCUCUUGUCAAGAUUCAGCUCCGAUUCUGCGCCGAAGCCUACAGCCGCAUGGCUCAAGUACAGCAAUACCUCGAUCCAGACACGCGGGAGCAGUACGCCCAGGGUCAGCUAGAUACCAGGGUCGAGCAAGUGUUGCAGGAGAUCCGGGAACUGAGUAUCAGCGGAACUGUUUAAAUUACAGGGCGCAGCGAAGAUGCGAAAAGGGACGGGACGACAUAAUAGUACGUGUUGCGCGGAUUGGUUCUCAAGUGUAAUAGGUUGGAACUGGGGAAUUAGGGAGAAUCGAGGAACAGAGGGAAGAACAUCACCAUCAACCACUCAUGACGACAUAUACCUCGUUAUUCCUCCCUUAUUUAUCUUUUUUCCUUCGUUAUUGCUCAAUACGGCGUAAAAGGUAUGAGGGAUAUGGGUUUAGACCUUGUUUACUACGAAUGAGAAGAGACAGAAAGGUUACAGGCACCACACACACUUUCAGGAACAUUGCGUCGCUUCAACGGUUCUGAUGUGCCCCGCAAUGCAACAUCCAUCACAGCCCAAACUUUAUGCGGUCACUGAGCGUUGGAUCUUGUCUCACUGAGCGAAAGUUGUGUUUUCCAGAGCAGUUCUUUAUUCAAAGUAUACAGCAAAGAAUUGAUUGCAUCCGGGAGCAUCCAAAAUCCCCAAGAUACGGAUCGUGUAAGACGACUUUGGGAUCCGAGUCAUGGCAAGAGCGGUGUAAAGCCGGUGUAAGUCUCAUUCGUUGGUCCUGUCGGUCCGGUUGGCUCGGAAAACCUCUAGCUUGGCAGGUAGUUCAAGUUUGCAAGGCGACCUGGACUAGUGUACGAACGGUGGAAAAAGAAAGGAUGAACGGCAAUGACGGAAUUGAGUCUAGUUUGCAAUGGUGCAACGAAUAUAAACAUUUCGAAGGUGUUGAAACGAGGUCCGUGAGUAAGCUUAGCUUGUCGAUACGGAGGACACGGUUCGCCUCGUGCGUAGUGUACUGUUUCCAGAUACUGGGUCCGGGGUCCAGAAUAGUACUAUCCCAGUGGAAAGGACGCGCGGCUCCGCAAUGCUCAUGCA